GAAGAUUGAGGAGCUGGAAGGGGAGCGCAGUCGUCUGGAAGAAGACAAGAAGAUGCUGGAAAUGCAGCUCGAGCGGUUCACCCUGCAGGGCAGCUACGACCAGAGCAGAACCAAAGUGCUGCACAUGAGCAUGAACCCGGCCAGCGUGGCCAAGCAGCGGCUCCGUGAGGACCAGGUCCGGCUGCAGGAGGAGUGCGAGCAGCUACGGGAGCUCGUGCGCGCCCUGGAGCGAGGCGGCCCCGUCCCUGCCGGCCUGGAGGCCGCCGCCAGUCUGCCUUCGUCCACGGAGCUGACAGAGCUGAGGAAGCAGGUGGAGAGCGCUGAGCUGAAGAACCAGCGGCUCAAGGAGGUCUUUCAGACCAAGAUCCAGGAGUUCCGGAAAGUCUGCUAUGCGCUCACGGGCUACCAGAUCGACAUUACCACGGAGAACCAGUACCGGCUGACGUCCAUGUACGCGGAGCACAAAGCCGACUGCCUCAUCUUCAAGGCCACGGGACCCUCGGGCGCCAAGAUGCAGCUGCUGGAGACGGCGUUCUCACACUCGGUGCGGGAGCUCAUCGAGCUGCACCUGCUGCGCCAGGACAGCAUCCCGGCCUUCCUCAGCGCCCUCACCCUCGACCUCUUCAGCCGCCAGACCGUGGCCUAGCCUGCAGCCGUGCGCCCCGGCGGCGGCCGCACCUCAGCUCCACGGUGCACAUGGGCAGCCGCCCCCAUGCACCCAGCCCGGCCCGGGCCGCGUGCUGCCCCCUCUGCCCAGGACCCCUGCCAGCUGCCCGGGGGCCCAGCUGCCCGGGGGCCGCCCGCUCUGCAGGGCAGGGGCGCCGCCCUCCUCCUUCCCCAGGAUGUGCAGUGCUGCUGCUCUGACCCGAGGCCUGGGGGCCGAGCCGUCCCAGCCCGCUUCCAGUCCCCACCCCGGCGUGGGCCCCCACCCACACACCGCUCAAACCCAGCCGUGUCGGGGGGCUGCCAGCCAACGUCCCUGCUCCCCCUGAAAUAAAUUUUGCUCCUUGGCCACCC